AGCCGCGGCUUCAUGGCGGAGGCCUGACGUUAGCUUUAGCCUCUCUCUCGGGCUAACUUGCUUGUCAACAGUUAUUGAUAAGAUUAUCAAUAACUAAUGCUUAAAUGUAAUAAAUAUUGUAUCAAGCACUUAUAAUAUGACACUUUUUUUUUCUCGCAAUAGUGAGUGGUAUUGUUACAUAAUUAAAGCAAAAUGCAAGAUGGUUGUCUAGCGUUAGGACCGUUAGCUUAGCGAGUUAACAUUAGCCGCAGCUCAACGUCAUACACGCAUCCGCCUGUUAGCGGCUAGUUAGCAAGGCAGCUUGUUUGUUAGUAGGUCUGACAACUUUGCUUCGGCUGAAUGCAGUGAGCACCGUGUCACCGCAUCACCGUCACCGGUGAAAACUACGAGAGAACACGACGAGACUCAGGCAGAAAACCCCGAAGCAAGCCGAAUGAAGCGGGCGGCCGCCAAGCAUCUGAUAGAGCGCUACUACCACCAGUUGACCGAGGGCUGCGGCGAUGGCGGCUGCUCCAACGUGGGCUGCGCCUCGUCCCCCGGCUUCCUCCGCACCGACAACAAUGCGGCCGCAGUGCGCUCGCUGGAGCUCUACAAGGCGGGGGCACCGCUCUGCGACCCCCACCCCUCUAAGAAGGGCACCACCUCGGCCCACGUAGAGAGCAGCGCACUGGCGGCUGCCGCCGCCGCUGCCGGGGGGGUUAGGGGAGGGGCGGAGGCGUGCGGGAACAGCCGUGUGAACCACAGGGAUGGCGGGCAUUUUGUGCGGGAGGACUUUAAAGACGUGAGCUUCCUGACGGAGGACAAGGUGUACGAGAUCCUGGCCCUGUGCGCUGCCAAGGACGAAUACUCGCCUCUGAUCCGCGUGAUUGGGCGAGUCUUCUCCAGCGCGGAGGGGCUGGUGGCAUCGUUCCGCCGGACCACCCCCCCAACCAAGGAGGAGCUUAAGUCCCUCCAGGGCAAGGACGAGGACAAAGACGAGGAUGAAAAGGAGGUGGAGGACCAGAUGGAGGAGGACCCGCCCGCCUCCUCAUCGCUGUCGCACGUCGCCGGGGGUGAGGGAGGCGGGGGAGGACCCACGGGGGCCGACGAGCAGCCCUGGGCGGACGAGGUGUCGGUGGACGUGGAGGCGGUGCGGCGGGUCUAUGCGCGCCUGCUCUCCAACGAGCGGGUGGAGGCGGCCUUCCUCAACGCGCUGGUGUACCUCUCGCCCAACGUGGAGUGCGACCUGACCUACCACAACGUGUACUCGCGCGACCCCAACUACCUCAACCUCUUCGUGAUCGUCAUGGAGAACAGCAACCUGCACAGCCCAGAGUACCUGGAGAUCGCGCUGCCGCAGUUCUGCAAGGCCAUGAGCAAGCUGCCGCUGGCCGCCCUGGCCAAGCUUGCCCGGCUGUGGUCGCGGCAGGGUGCGGCAUCGUUGCGGCGCAUGCUGGAGACCUUUCAGCAGCUCAUCACCUACAAGGUGAUCAGCCAUGAGUUUGGCGGACGUAACCUGGUGAACGACGACGAGGCAGUGGUGGGCGCCACGCGCUGCCUGAAGAUCCUCUACUACGCCGACGUCCUGGGCGGGGAGGUCGACACAGGCCACAAUGAGGAGCCGGACGACGAGCCCGUCCCCGAGUCCAGCGAGCUGACCCUCCACGAGCUGCUGGGGGAGGAGCGGCGCAACAAGAAGGGCCCCCGGGUCGACCCCCUCGAGACAGAGCUGGGGGUCCGGGCCAGCGACUGCCGCCGACCCUUGGUCCCCUUCGAGGAGUUUGUGAACGAGCCGCUGAACGAAGUGCUGGAGAUGGACAAGGACUACACCUUCUUCAAGGUGGAAACGGAGAAUAAGUUCUCGUUCAUGACCUGCCCCUUCAUCCUCAACGCUGUGACGAAGAACCUGGGCCUGUACUACGACAACCGCAUCCGCAUGUACAGCGAGCGACGCAUCACGGUGCUGUACAGCCUGGUGCAGGGUCAGCAGCUGAACCCCUACCUGAGGCUCAAGGUGCGGCGCGACCACAUCAUCGACGACGCGCUCGUACGGCUGGAGAUGAUCGCCAUGGAGAACCCGGCCGACCUGAAGAAGCAGCUAUACGUGGAGUUCGAGGGCGAGCAGGGCGUCGACGAGGGGGGCGUCUCAAAAGAGUUCUUCCAGCUGGUGGUGGAGGAGAUCUUCAACGUCGACAUAGGCAUGUUCACCUACGACGAGACCACCAAGCUGUUCUGGUUUAACCCAUCAUCGCUGGAGAACGAGGGGCAGUACACUCUGAUCGGCAUCGUGCUGGGCCUGGCCAUCUACAACAACUGCAUCCUGGACGUCCAUUUCCCCAUGGUGGUCUACCGCAAGCUCAUGGGCAAGAAGGGGACGCUCAGAGACCUGGCCGACUCCAACCCGGUGCUGUUCCAGAGCCUGACAGAGCUGCUCUCCUACGAGGGCAGUGUGGAGGAGGACAUGAUGAUCACCUUCCAGAUCUCCCAGACUGACCUGUUCGGGAACCCCCUGAUGCACGACCUGCGGGAGAACGGGGACCAGAUCCCCGUCACCAACGACAACCGGAAGGAGUUCGUGGCCCAGUACGCGGACUACGUGCUGAACAGGACGGUGGAGAAGCAGUUCAAGGCCUUCAGACGAGGCUUCCACAUGGUCACCAACGAGUCUCCGCUCAAGUACCUGUUCAGACCGGAGGAGAUAGAGCUGCUCAUCUGUGGGAGUCGGAAUCUAGACUUCUUGGCUCUGGAGGAGACGACAGAAUACGACGGCGGCUAUAACAGAGACUCCCGGAUCAUCAAGGAGUUCUGGGAGACCCUGCACUCGUUCGGAGACGACCAGAAGCGUCUCUUCCUGCAGUUCACCACGGGGACGGACCGCGCCCCCGUGGGCGGCCUGGGGAAGCUCAAGAUGAUCAUCGCCAAGAACGGCCCCGACACCGAGAGGUUGCCCACCUCCCACACCUGCUUCAACGUGCUCCUGCUCCCGGAGUACGGCACAGUGGAGAAGCUGAGGGAGCGGCUGCUGAAGGCCAUCACCUACGCCAAGGGCUUUGGCAUGCUCUGAGAGGCCCUGCCCCGACCCCCAUCCCCAACGUUACCCAGCCCUCAAACCCUGUGACCCCGCCCAUCUCCACCCCCCACCUCAUCACACACACCGCAGUCCUGACCGCCGAUAAAAACACACAAAAAACCACAAAAAAAUAUGAAACGAGGACAUGAAAAAGGGGAUUUAACCACAGAACCGUGCGCUGUCAGGGUGGGGGGGCUAUGGGGGGGCAGGGCCAUGUGGCUGGCCAACCACGGCUCAACAAACCCAGUAGUCCCGCUAGUCGUUGCUACUACUGCUACAACGAUUAUUACUACUUCAACUACUAGCCCCGCCCAAUUCCCUAAGCCACGCCCCCGUCCCCCCCCUCCGAUGUGAACCCCCCAUCACAUACAUACUUACUUGAAUGUGCUACGGCAACCAUGGCAACCACGGCCCUCCCAAAAAAACAACCCAGGCUUACCCCCCUUCUUUUUUCCUUUCAUUUUUUUUCUACGUCCACAGAGGAUUUCACUUUUUUUUCGUAGUAUUUAUUUGGAAAAAAGAUAUCGGGUUUUUCGCAUUUUUUUCAUUAUUUUGUUUUCCUUCAUGGUGACCUUUAAUCCCCAACCCCGGGGGUGUGGUGUAUGUGUUCGGCACGGUCGGCAUGGAAAUGGUGCAGACUGCGGACAACGCAUCGGAAAUGGAAAACCGGUCAAUGACGGAAAAUUGAGCUAAAUCCCGACCGAUAAAAAGCGGCCGAAGUCUGAAAAACGAAAAGAAAAACGACAACGACCAAACAAUCCGACUUCGUAGGUCUUUCCUCGCUUUGUACAAAGAUCAGUCCGAAAUAAAUGUUUUGGUUUUCCUGUACCCCCCCCACCCCCCGACCCACCCAAGCCUCUCCUACUAUAGCAUGUGGAACGCACCAUUUUAACUAACAACGUCGACCCCACCCCCCCCCCUCUCUAUUUGGACCGGUCCGCGGAGAGACUUAAGUCAGAGCGGUGUAAGUGCACUUAGACAUUUUCAGAAUGUUUCCUUUGUCCGAUAUUUUUUUUUUUUAUGCAUACGAUUUAUUGUUUUGUUCUUGCCGCACAUUGUGUCCUAUUUCGAAAAACACGUUUUAUUUCCAUGUCUUCCUGUGACGACGAUUCUCAAUAAAACGAAACCCAAGAACACAACAGUAUUGUGUACGCUGAGGGGACCCUCUCUCUCUCACCC